AUGGCGAGGGCGGGGACGACGCAGGUGGAGGGAGACGGGGACACAGGGGACAGACGGACGCCCUCGAGCAUGCCCUUCACUCCCCUGGGCACGGAAGGGCUUCAGGUGAACAUCCCGGAGGAGUUCCUGGCCCGCUUCGCCCGCUCCGACUCCCGCCCCGACUCCCCGGCGCCGACGCUGCUGGUGCACACCUCCCGCCUCGCGCCCUUCAGGAGAUGUGUGACCCCUGACACCCUCGAGCCCAUGAGACGACCCCGACGACCUCUCCUCCGCCGCGCCGCCAGCCUGCCCGCCAGCCUGCACGACCUCACCGGCACACGACCUCAGACCUUCCCUAGUGCACCAGCAGGUCGAGGCGGAGGACGACGCAAGCAGGGAAGGUUCGAGGCCGACUUCACCACUAAACUCUCGAAGCAGCUGGACCUCGUGGCCAAGGGGCAGCAGCAGCAACAGCAGCAGACACAGAGAGACCAACAGAGGCAACAGGAAAGGAAGGGAGGGGGGAGAGGGCAGAGGAACCAGCUUAAAGGACAGGACAGCGAAGACUCGGGCCUGGGAGGCGAGAAGAGGCCGGCCAAACGACGCCCACGACGAGGAGGCAAAAAAAAGGGCGCGGAGGGCGGACUCGACGACCCCGGGCAGACUGGGGUCUCGACAGUGAACGACAGCCGCGCGGGGUCAGGUCGUCGGUCCGGCAGCGCCCACUCCUCGAAGCCGACGUCCGCUCGCUCAUCCAAGUCGUCCUCGGCGCAUCGGAGACUGCACGACCCUCUUUCGUAUGACCCGAAGCAAUUCCUCGGAGACAGCCAUCCUCCUGAAGACGGCUCCGAACUGGCCAAGCUGCAGGAGGCUCUCGGAGGAGGACCAGCCACCAACCUGACGGAGGCGGAAGUCUUCUGGCUCAGUCUACCGCGGAGUCCCUCGCACAGGGCGGCCGUGUUCACCCUCCCUGUGCAGAUGAACAGGCUGGUUGCAUGCGGACAGACGCGAACACCCACCUGCCGAUACUCCUGCGGGUGCUGCUACCGACGCGGCUGGAAGAGACGCGACUGGCUGUGUUGCUUCAGCCCGGCCACCAUCGCUCGCACGGGGGCCCUCAUCUUCGGCAGGGAGAUCCUACGCAACGGGCCGCCUCCUACGAGACGCCCUUCGCGGGGGACUGGCAGAGGUAGAGAAUGAGGGCUGUCGGCGGUUCCUCUUGACUCUGGCUCUAUGGGUCCUCUCGUUGAGGCUUUUCCAGGGAGUGUGUGUGUAGAUAUGUCUUAUAAAUGUCUUCUAGUGAGUUCCGUUUAUG